UCUCAUGCUGAAGAAGAAACGAAAAGUAUAUGAGAAAAAAGAGUUAAUCGUUGCUUUCUUCGUCGAUCCAUCGUCGAUUCGAGGAGGAUGGCUAGAGGAAGCUCGCAGUCGCAGGCGACUUCGUCGGCAGGUGGUGCAGGGCGGCCGACGACGGUUGGCCCGCGGGGGACACCAGCGGCUGCUGCCGGGAUGCGGAGGCGGAGACUCGGCGGCGGGGGCGGCUCGGCUGGCGGGUUCGGCGGUGGUGGGAGCAACAUGUUGCGCUUCUACACCGACGAUGCGCCUGGGCUCAAGAUGACUCCCACGGUCGUCCUGGCCAUUAGCCUCUGCUUCAUCGGCUUCGUCACCGCACUCCAUGUCUUCGGUAAGCUUUACCGCUUCCGAUCCGCCGGCGUCUCUUGAUCCAUCAUCGCUCGAUCUAGGGAAGAAAGCUGGAAACGGGAAGAUCAAGUAAAAUUUCAUGAUCUCUUUCUCUCUCUCUCUUUUUCAACAUGCUGUAAUCGUUCUUUUGUUUCUUCUCUGAUCGAUCAAGUAUGCUGUUGCUAUGAAAUUAGGGUUUGAAGGAAGAGUAAUUUGCAGAAAUUCUAGGAUAAGAAUCUUGUACCCUUUAAUCUCUCUUGCACUAGCACUUCUCUAAUCAGCUCUUUAUUCCUCGCAA